AAAAUUGCCACACUGACCAACCCCCACUCCUGUGAAAAGGAAAUAGAAGCCAGAGUAAUUGCAAGAGUGACCACACACACUUCCUUCAGACCUUCUCUGAGGUCUCUCCCUCCCUCUGUUUGUGACAUUCACUGGCCGAGAUCAGAUCGGCUCCAUGGGACACUUGAAACUGAAGCCUGGAGGAGAAAUUGCCUAUUACUGCUUAACUAGAUGGAGGGCAAUGGAAUAGUUCAUUUGUACAUGCUGACUCAUUUGAUCCUCACAAGACCCUUGUGAGAUAGAUGCUAUCAUUACCUUCAUUUUACAGAUGAAAAGUCAAGUGACUCAUCCAGGGUCAUACAGCUAGAUUUAGCCAGUGACCAAGAUGGGUAACCUGAACUUCAAAGGUCAACACAAGGAGCAACCACGGGUGGUGAUAAUGGGCCUGGACUCUGCUGGCAAGACCACCCUCCUCUACAAACUGAAGAACAACCAGCAAGUGGACACCUAUCCCACUGUGGGCUUUAAUGUUGAGUCUUUGGAAGCAUCAAAGCAUGGGUCCCUGACUCUUUGGGAUGUGGGGGGUCAGGACCAACUCCGGUCCAGCUGGAAGGAAUAUUUAGAGGAUACUGACUCCCUUGUCUAUGUGCUGGACAGUACAGAUGAAGACCGGCUGCCUGAGGCUACAGCUGAGCUGGAAAAUGUCUUGAAUAAUGCUCACAUGACUGGUGUCCCUUUUUUGGUCCUAGCCAAUAAGCAGGAGGUACCUGGGGCCCUGACUCUGCUGGAGAUUAGGGAUAGGAUGCACCUGGAACGAUUCAAUGACCGGUCUUGGGAGCUUCGGGGAUGCAGUGCCCUAACAGGUGAGGGGCUAAAAGAAGCCCAGAUGGCUCUGGACAGACUUCUUCAGUCCCGAAAGCAGAUAUGCCUCUACAGUAUGAGAGUGAAUGGAGAGAGGAAGAAAUCUUGACUGAUUAGAAAUAUAAUUGACUAAGAACUAGGGAAACUAAGUGGCCUCAAAAGACUUAAGAACUCUGAUCAAUGCGAUGAACAAACAUGAUUGCAGUGGACCAAUGAUGAAGAACCGUAAACCCCUCUUGGCAAAGAAGUGAUGCUCUAAACACGCAGAAUGAAUGCAUUUUGGGAAAUAGCCAACCUGAGAAAUUGUUUUGCUUGACUAUGGAUAUUUAUUACAAGCGUUUCCCCCCCCCCUGCCUUUUUUUUUUUCUUUUUCCAGUAAGGAGGGGGAAGUGGGAACGAGAGAAUCGCUGUAAAUGAAACCCCCCCCCAAAACUUUAAAAAAUAAAAAGCUGGGGGAACCAACGAAUCAUUAGUAAGUCUGAACAUAACACCUUAUCAGUCAAGAAAUUACUUUGUUCCUGGAGAUCAUAUUUGUUUUCACAAUAAUUUAUUCUCACUUGUAUUUCUAAAGUAACCAGAGUAAAAUAGCACAACAAACAACAACAAUUCUCCUCUAUCUCCUCCCUUAAAAUAAACAACCAGCUACUUAAUUGGUUCUUUAUAAUCUCACCACUUAGAAAUGAAGGUAUUUUCAGUCUUGCUUUUCUUUUCAACAUUCUUUUGAUGUUCUGUAACUUCAAAGAGUUUUGAAUAAGAAACCCCAGAUUUGGGGCAGCUAGGUGGCACAGUGGAUAGAGCACCGGCCCUGGAGUCAGGAGUACCUCAGUUCAAAUCUGGCCUCAGACACUUAACACUUACUAGCUGUGUGACCCUGGGCAAGUCACUUAACCCCAAUUGCCCCAUUAAAAAAAAAAAAAAGAAACACCAAAUAUUUUCAAACCCAUCAAACCAAUGUAAGGUCUUCUUUUGUCUACCCUCAGUGGCCUUUUAAACUUCUAGUUGACUUGGCACAAACUUCAACAUUCUAUUGGAGCUAUGGCUGGAGGAAGAUGACUGGAGUGCAUCAUGGUGCACCUUAAUAUGGGCAAUAUUAAUUAGGAGCUCAGGGCACCAGGGGAGGAAAAAGAAUACUGGGGAGGAGGCAGAAUGGAACCCAAUAGCAUUUUAGGCAGAUGGCCAGAGGACCAGAUAACUUCUAAGAUCCCUUCCAGUUCUAAAUCCAUGGUCUCAUUGAAGCCCCACUUUGUGUGGCUAGAGAAUUUAAGAUAGCUUUUUUCUCUUUAAAGUCCAAGGUAACUGGUCUCACAAUUUUAAUAUUUGUCCUUUCUCCUUGCUGUUUUUGGGAGCUAGUUAUGCCAAAUAUUAAUGGAAUCCAUAAGCUCAGAGGCUCCAAGAUGGGAAGAAAUCUUCUUCCUUUCCUUAGUCACUAAGCAGAGACCAACCUCUUUGAUCCUUUGUACCCUCUGGGGGAAAAAAACAACCAAACAACUCACCUAGCCACUGCUGUUCCUCUUAGCCGUCUCUUUAUAGCAAACACUCACUCAUAGUAGGUAACUCCCAAAGGGUAAAAGAUGCUGGUUUUUGAGGUAGGAGUAAGGUGGAGGAACCAGAGAGUGGAUAAAUGAGUCAGGUCCAACAAAGCUAUAAAACAGGUACAUUCAAACAAACAGAAAGUUCUUUUCAAGCAGAUCACUCCUUAAGAAGAUCCAUGAGCCAGACAAAGCUCCAAUGGCACCCAAGGUAGCAGCACCUUUUCUUUGCAACAGGCUCCCAUUCCUGCUGCAUGCCCAUACCCUUGAACCCCUUUCCACAGAGCUCCAGUGUUUCCAAGCUUCCUGGUCCAAUGAAGCUCCUGCCUUUUAGUAAUCUUCAGUCUCUCCUUCUAGCUGACAAGGCCACACUUUCCAGGUGUUCCCUUCCAACUCUACCUCUGACACACAUGUGCUGUGUGAUCCUGGGCAAAUCACUUAUAGUCUCAGUUCUUUAAGAUUACAAGUGAUGGAAUAGGUGCACAUCUGUAUGGAUAGAGGAAGUUUCUCCACCAGUAGUUCUCAGUGGCAGUGAAAUCAUGGGUCCACUCAAAAAAACACUGGGGGAGUGCCUCUAAUUACAGGGAUGCUGAGGGGUCAUACCCUGGGCUAACCUUGGAAAUGUGUCCAUUCCUCCCCUUCCCCCCGACCCCGUCAUGCCACAGCUUUGAGCUUGAGGACUUCCAGACUUUUCUUAAUAGUUCUUUAGUUCUCCUUUUCUUUAUAGAGGCUCAGAAAUGUUGUGAAAGUGUUCACUUCUCCUUCUAGCAGAGGGAAAAUAGAGGAUCAUGUGUGAGAAGUUCUGAAGAUUAAUUGGAUAACAAUUUGACUACUGCUUGAAAUAGCAGUAGUCAAAGAAACAACACAAAAUUCUAAUUGGAAGAGAAAUUAAAGGUCCUAUGUAGGCUGACUUCCCUUCUUCUAUAAUAUCUCUGACAGGCAGUUUGUGUGAUGAUUUUUUUCUCUCUCCCUCUCUCUACUUAAUUGGGGGGGAAAAUAACCUGAUGAUCUGAGCAUUUAGAUGUAUUUUCUGAUGCCUUACUAUCACCUGUAUGUGUUCAGCUACAGACCCUCAAGGGAGAAAUGUUCUUUAAUUUCAUUUCUAAGAUGUACCUAACUUAAUUAAAUAAUUCGGUGUUCAAUCAGAA